AUGAACAAUUGCGAAGAAGCCGACUGUAAUCUAAUUGCCAAACAAUCCUGCGAUUGCAAAGGGGCCUCAUUUAGACUGUGCGACACACAUCUUUCUCUCCAUUUAAGCGACAAUCCUCUCACAGAUCACAACCUUAAAAGUCUCCUUAAAAUGAACAUUCAAUCAAGAAAUCUCGUUAUCCAAAAAUUACUAUACAUAAAAGACCAAACCUGCAAACAAAUAUCAAUGAUAAAUCAGCAAUCUUCAGCUUUAAUUAAUACUAUACAAGCUGAAACAGCGCACAUUUUAACCCAUAUGAAUGAAAUAAUUGCAUUAUGUGAAGAAACCUAUCAACGGCUCAUUACAAUCGAUGACAUUCCUGAUAAACAGUUUUACACUCCAUUUAAAAAUCUACUAAAAUCUGAUAUUUACUAUACCGGAAAAUGCCUUGAAGAAUGAAAUUACCCUACUUUUAAAGUAAAAAUUCCUGAAGACUCCGUUUUUACUAUAAAUUAUUCACCAUUAUCCCACUUAAUUAAUGGCUAUAAUGACUAUUUUAUGUACUUAGACACAGACAGAAAUAUUGUCGUAAAUAACGGGUAUACAGAAAAAAAAUUAUUUAAUUUCGACGAUUUCACAUUAAGGCUGCUACAAGUAAGCCCAAAAAUAAUAUUAGUAACUGGAGGCGACACAGACAGAAAACGCGCAGUCCUUUUAGACAUUGAACAAUUUUCCGUGACUCCUCUAGAAAAUAUGAUAAUGGAAAGACAGUGGCAUGCUUGUACCUGAAUUGAUGGCUGGCCAGCAGUUAUAGGAGGAUUUGAUGGAGAAAAUGAUUUAGACAGUGUAGAAAUAUUUGAAAAAGAAAAAUGAAGACAAAUUUCUAGCUUAAACCGGAAAAGAAGCACACCUUCAGCUGUAAAUAUGGGAGAUGUUGUGUAUGUAUUUGGAGGGUUUGAGGUAGAUACUAUAGAAAAAUAUGAAAAUCAUUGGUGGACUUUACUUGAAAUUAAAUUGCCAACAGAAAAUGCUGCGGUAGGGUUAAUUAGUUUGACGAAUUCAAGUGUGAUUUGUUUUGGAGGUUGGCAUAAUGAAGAAGAAUAUUAUAAUUUUAAGGCCAUGAUUAAUUUUAAAAAUUCAGAAUGGCUGGAGAUGAGGGAGUUAGAAAAUGAAGGGUGCUUUUUUUAUCAGUCUUAUAUAGUCAAGGACAGAAUUAUUGUAGGGAAAAUUGACAGAAAUGAAUUUACACGAGAUUUUGCUCUAGAGUUUAAAUAA